AUCCAUGUUAUGCUGCCGUGUUGCUGUAGACAUUUCGGCUUGUUUUGACGGGUUGUCCUCAUGCCCUCGAUCCUACCACUGCCAUGAUCAGCCUACAGUCUAUUGUUUUAUUCCUCAUAUCCUACUUCGUAAUACCGCGUCUUACAUUCCUUCCCAAGUCCCUCCAUGGCCUCCUCACGAUAUUCGGACCCUUCCUCCUCCCGCGACUCGUGAACCUUUUCAACACCUCUCGCGCAACUUCCCGGAGCGUUCCCGUGCGGCCGGUGCCUACCAAGGUGCUCCGCGCCCUCAACAUCCUCUUUGCUAGCGCCGUCGUUUCCCUCGUCCUCAGCGUUCCCUACUUUGCACCCGAAAACAUAUUCUUGAAGACGCAGAGUCGACUGCAAAUACAAGCCGAUGUGCUCUUUGCGCGGCUCAAACUGCUGCGCCCGUUGACAGAGGAGGAUGAGGUCCUACGUUCAAAGUUCAGCGCAAGUGGACAGUACAAGCUACUGUACCUGACGUAUGGUCCGGACACAUUGAUCAAUUGUAUAUGGUGCACAACUUCCGAUGGGAUCGACGCCCAGAAUUACUUCUUAUACAGCCUUCCAAAGAUGGUCACACCACAUAUCUUCCAUCUAGCCGUCCUCGGACUGGCAACCUCCUCCCUCGUAGGCAGCGAAGGAUCCCGGUUUCGGACACACGCAACAAUAGCAGGAUUGCUUUUGAUGGUGGCGGAGAUAUGGUUCCUGAAUAGCUACGACGUCACGUUAAACAAGAAGGCAAAGGUGCUCCAGGAACUCGACUUCGUGCAUUGGCGCGUUCGUGUCCUGAGGUAUUUGGCGUUUGCGGCGUCAGACGGUAUCCUGGCGUGUGUGCUGUGGGCAACCAGCACAAACCGUUGGUUGGCUUCCCCGCCCGCUAUCGCGGAACGCCUGGAGGUGACAACACGACAGGCGGAGGAGACGCUCAAUAAACUCCGGGCCCUAGGUCUCCUAACGAACUCGAUCAACAGGGAUCCAGCGUUGAGGGGCGUAAGAGAGGAAUACUGGCAGACCGAGGGGACUGUCAUGGCAGAAACGGUGCAGGAAGAGGAGGUUAUGGAUACGAUCAAUCAAGCAGUCAACAACCUGGAUCUCAGAAGCCUCGAGGGCCGGGUUGGUGAAGUUGCAGACGGGAUUCUCGCUGGCAUCGAUGGUCUACGGGGAUCACAAACGCUCUCAGCAAGCGAUAUGCAGUGACGCACAUCCAUCAGUUUAUGCUCGCGGAUAUAGAUGGCAUGGCCAUUUGGGAUCAUUUUUCUUGCAUCAUGCAUUGUGCGGAGUCCCGAACGAUACAGGGUAUGCAG